AUGAGCUUUGUAUAUUCAAUUCCUACAACUGGUUCAAUUUCUUUUUCUGAGUUUCUUUUGGAUCAAGACAAGCUAUAUUUAAAUGGAAUUUCAGAAGCAACGGCUCAAAGAGGUCGUGUGCGAGCAGUUUUAAAAGAAGCAAAUAAAACGGAAGGACCAAUAGAUUAUACAAAAAUUAUAAAGACGGUUGAUGACUAUUUACCAUAUUUAUUGGCAAUAGUUGAUUGUUUGGAAUGUGGACAAUUGAAACUGAAGAAAGAAAUUGAAACAUCAUGGCGUUGCUCGUUAACUGACUCGGUACUAAACAAGAAGAAGAAACCGCGUGUAUCUUGUAAAGGAAUCUAUUAUGAAUUGAUAUUCACAUUAUUGACAUAUGGAUAUACAUGUUCUGAUUGGGCUACUAGUAUUAUAGAACGACAAACCAAUAAAGAUGAAAUGGAUCUUAAAUUGAGACAGGCAGCAGAUUUAUUACGUAAAGCAUCCGGAAUCUUUGCCUAUAUUACAGAAAAUAUAUCUCCAAGAUGGGAAAACCCACCAAAUUCUAGACCACUGGAUGUUUUAACGGAAAUAUCAACAUCACUUUCAAAAAUCGCACUUGCAGAUGCAUCUUCAAUUGCGAUUCGUAAAGCUUUAAUGCAACAAAAAUCUUCCUCUUUACUUGCAAAGUUGGCCAUUGGCGUUGCAGUAGAAUAUGAAUCUGCAAAUGGACUUCUUAAUAGUUUAAAAGACCCACAAAAAGUUUGUGGGAAUUUUCGAAAAUAUGUUUCGAAUGGUGCUUUAUUUCAUCAGAUUACAUUUGAUACAGUUCCAUCUAGAGCAGAUCUUCAAGCACUUAUUCCUGGUGGACGUAUAGUACAAGAGUUAACAAAAUAUUCAAAACCUGAUCCAGCAUUUGGACCUUAUAAAGAACAACAAAUAGAAUCAGCUGCUUUAAAUUCAUUGCCUUUUGGUAGUUAG